AAGAGAAUUCGAACCGCCUUCACCAGUACGCAGUUGUUAGAAUUAGAACGUGAAUUCAACUCCAGUAUGUAUCUAUCGAGACUUAGAAGAAUCGAAAUCGCCACAUAUCUGAACCUAUCCGAAAAACAAGUGAAAAUCUGGUUUCAGAAUCGUAGAGUAAAAUAUAAAAAAGAU